AGCAUCUACAUCUCCCUGACACCACACUACGGGAACACCAACCUAUCAUGAACCCCAGACUAACCAAGAGCCAGCAGAAAACAGUUUGCUCCCAGUUGGGAAGUGUCAAACUACAGCUACUGUACAAGGCCAGCAUCCAUGGUUUCACCGGCGCAGCCUUCCACCAACAAUGUGACACCCGCUGUCCCACAGUGUCUGUGGGCUAUAACGCCUCCGGUUUUGUGUUUGGAGGCUACACCAAACAACCUUUUAAUCAGUCUGGACAGUACGUGGGUGAUGACAAGGCCUUUCUUUUCACCUUCAGUGGAGAAAAGCUCCUCAAAUAUCCCGUCACCAAUCCCACCUAUGCAGUGAGAAUGAUAGCUAACUCUGGUCCAUAUUUUGGAGAAGCAUUGGCUCUUGUCAGUGGAAGCCAAGCAGUAGUGUACAGCAGUCCAGGAAAUUAUUAUAACUUCAAUGCUGCAGAAAUGCACGGCAACAACCUCAACCUGACGGACUGUGAAGUCUAUCAAGUGGAGGAAAGCCCAGAAUUUGAGAAGCCAUGGAGGCCAGUGGUCUGGGAAAAUGAGAAGAGGACCAAGAUGAUGGACAGUAUUAAGCUCUACUGUCCCUUGGCCAGCUCUGUGUCCCAGGUUCGGGUCUUGCUAAUUGGACCAGUUGGAGCUGGAAAGUCAAGCUUCUUCAAUUCUAUCAACUCUGUAUUCAGAGGCCACGUCACCAGCCAGGCCAUUGCUGGUUGCUCUACCACCAGCCUCACCACACAGUUUCGCACCUACUCAGUGAAAGCUGGACGAGGAGGGAAACCUCUGCCAAUCAUCUUAUGUGAUACCAUGGGAUUGGAGGAAAGCACGGGGGCGGGACUUGACAUAGAUGAUAUCGUCAGCAUCCUCAAAGGUCAUCUGCCAGACAGUUAUCAGUUCAACCCCUCUGCUCCUCUGCAAUCGGAGGCCCAUGGCUAUCGUAAGUCUCCAGCGCUCAAGGACAAAAUCCACUGUGUGGCCUACAUCAUUGAUGCUUGCAAGGUCUCCAUUAUGCCCACAAAGCUGGAGGAGAAGCUGGGAGCCAUCCGUAGAAAGGUCAACUUAAUGGGGAUUCCUCAGCUGGUCCUGAUGACUAAAGUAGAUGAAGCCUGUCCCUUGGUUUCACAGGAUAUUAAGAAUGUUUACAAGAGUGGCUACAUCAAGGAACUGAUGCAAGAGGUCAGUGCUCAGCUCGGUGUGCCUUUGUCCUGCGUUGUUCCAGUGAAGAACUACAGCCAAGAGUUGGAGUUGGACCUCAACUGCGACAUCCUACUGCUCAGCUCCAUCAUUCAGAUGCUUCGCUUCGCUGAUAAUUACUUUGAUGAACUUAGUGACCGAUCCAGCAGCAUUCAAACCAAAGAAUAGUAUGCUAAUAGUGGCGCAGCAAAUGCUUAUAUCUUGUCCCAUUGAAAUGAAAUGUUCCUCAAAAUGACCCAUUGUUCAGCAGGUUUGUUGACAUUUCUGUAGACCUUUUUGCGUGGAAGACAAUGUAGCUAUCACAGAUUCCAGAUAUCUUGAACUCAACAUCUCAAAUGCGAAACUGACGUGAAUGCUCCUUGGGAAUCUCCGAGCACUCCUAUGAAUGCUGGGAGAUGUUUUCCCUCUAGAGUGUACCGGGCUGCUGAGCACCUUCAGUUUCUGUCUUCAGAAACUCAGUGAGCUGCUCUAUAUGUUGACGGUGUUCCUUAGCUACAAAAUAUUUAGUGUUUUACCUGUAAUUUAUUAUCAUUAGCAGGGGUAUUUAUUCCUUUAUUUAUAUAUCUGUCUAAACAUUUUUGUCUUUCUGCAACUUAUUCUUACUGCCACAAAUUUACACAUUUAUACCACCCAGAUUUUGUAGUAGCUGCUAAACAUUAUACAUACUGGUACCGAGUCUUAAGCUGAUGAUACACGGGGCAGCAACGGGGAAAACUAGUUACCAGUUUCUCAGAUGAUUGUUUUGGCAGAAUAAAUCAUGUUUAAUGUUAUGUUGCAUGUCAUAUCCAUUGGGUAUGUGCUACUAGUUGGGUCAGUGUUACUAAAAGCUCUUGCUGGUCAGACAAAAUGCCUUGUAAAAUUUAAACAUUAAAAAGAAUUGAAAAUCUGAA